CGAAAUUUUAAUGUUUUCAACCGUUAUAUAUUUUCAUUCUAGCAAUUUUUUUCUAUUUCCAUUUUUUCCAUCAGCAAAAGUCUACGGAUAUCAAGCGUGAAGUGGAGGGUUUCCGAGUUUAUUCAUUCACUGAAUUUAAUUGAAAGUGAAUUUAAAAUCAAUUUGUUUAAGAAUUAAUUUGCUUUCCAAAUAGAAAUUUAGUGCUCUACAAAGAAAAACUCUAAUAAAAAACCCGAUGGCGUUGAAUGUAUACAGGCUGUCAAUUCUAAUCUUUGUGAUCCACAUUCCUUUGGUGUCGUCAUCAGGUGAUUGGAGCUAUACUGGAGAGAACGGUCCGAACCACUGGGGCAGCUUAUGCAGAUCAGGUAGCCAGCAGUCACCGAUUAAUAUCGAUAUCGGUAAAUCGAAGCAUGACCAAGAGCUGGGCCAGUUUAUAUUCAGUCCCGAUUACUUCAAUUAUACGUUCAAGUAUAAUCUGUCAAAUAAUGGACACUCAGUGAUGUUGACCCCAGAUAGUUCAGCUCAGCUUACAGUAUCAGGAGGUGGUCUGCCAGGGACAUAUAGACUGGCCCAGUUCCACUUUCAUUGGGGAGGGCCUUCGUCCGCGGGCUCCGAGCACACCCUCAAUAAUAAACAGUACCAAGCUGAGGUCCACUUGGUGCACUACAAUUUGAACUACGACAACAUCGGAUCUGCUGCCACUAGCAAGGACGGGCUGGCCGUCAUCGGCGUUUUCCUGGAGGCAGGAAAGUCCGUUGGAAACGUCGUAAUCGAGAAAAUAGCCAAUCGGCUUUCCAACAGUUGCGCCACGGUGUUGAGCUCAAACUGUACGAUUGAUAACAUGCGACUGAUUGACAUUCUCCCUUUCAAUCACGAUAAUUAUUUCAGGUACCAGGGCAGUUUGACCACGCCUCCUUGUUCUGAAUCUGUCGUUUGGACAGUUUUCCAGAAGCCAAUCAGUGUCACCAAAGAACAAUUGCAAAGUUUCUUCAGAAUUCAAGAUAGUCACUCCCACGAGCUGCACAACAAUUUCAGACCGGUUCAAAAGUACAAGAAACCUGUCACGAAAAGUUUCUCGAGCGAAGGGUCCAGACAUGUUCUGACAAUAUCGGUCCUUGCAUUUUCAUCCUUGGUCGCCUUAUAUAGCGCUAAACUUUUUUAAUUUUUUGGCCGCUUAUGAACAUCUGUAAAUUUUUAAAAUUAUCGGUUUUAGCGACUCUUAUAACCGUAGCAAUUUUGUCAGUAAAAACAUUAACAUAAAAAUAUAGAUGCUGUAGGUGUUUUAUGCUAUUUUGAUGUUAUGACAAAGAUUACAAUAAUUAUACUUAUUAUUAUUAUUAUUAAUAUAGCAUUUUUAUUAUUAUAUGGAUUUUAAAGAAAUAAACUUAAAAAUAUGA